UGCGAAGAACUUCGUAUACUAAGCUCGGAACCACACCACAGUCUGCUGGCACUCGACAGGACUUCUGUUUUUUUUUUGCUGGAGCUUAUCGUCCUUUCUUGCCAGUAGUAAACUGACCUCAAGAGGAUUAACAACAACUCAUGGACUAGAAACAAAGAACCAACGGUAAUGGCAAGUGCCAGUGUAACGAGUGUGUUUAAAACUUCUCAAAAGUUCCUACAUGAAUCUACAUUAUUCUAAACUGAAAGCAUUAAAAAGUUAACAUUUUUCGACACAUUCAUGUGAAAGGAGCUGCUAUGUUUGUCUGCCUAGGAAAAUUAAAACUUAUUACUUUGCAUGGUGAAUUACGUUCAUACUCAUACACAGCUCACACCGGUCUCGUAGUGAAACAGUGAAGUGGAAAACAUUGUGCAUUGGUUUAUGCUGGAGCUGGAGCGAAAAUGGAAAUUCCAGAAACGGGAGCCGUGUUCACCCUCGGGAAAUCAUAUUUAUCCGACACGAUUGGAACCGUCCGGCACCGGCACAUCCAACCGCUUCGGCAAGGGCGGCAGCAGCAACCAACGACGGAUGAUGACCACGGUGGAGGAGAACCAACGCCUACGCCGAAACGGCAAACCAGCUCAUCAACUGCUUCAUCCGGUAUGGCCAUGGUGACCAGCGCUGCAGAUCUACAGCAGCAGCAGCAAUGCAACGGUCUCAGCCCCCCGAGACCACCACAACAGCAGAGUUAUUUUUUCAUAAAAAAUGAUCCAGUGGUAAAAAUUGUUUGCGGAAACAAGCAAAGUGGCGUUAUUUGCGAAUCUGGACGUCUUUUCGUGUGGGGCCAAAAUCAGUUUGGCCAGCUGGGUCUAGCUUCGACGGAGGUUUGCGAGAAACCUUCAUGUGUUCGUAUCCUGAAGCGACUCAAACAACGAGUCAUGGAUGCCCGAUUCGGUGCCUAUGGGUACGGGCUGAUCCUAACCGAAAAAGGGAAAAUCUUCUACACCGGGAAAAAUGUGUUCCCCUUCAAUGCGAAAAUUGCCUCCCUAUUCGAAGCGGAUAGUCUCCAAAAGUGUACCACGGACAACACCGAAUACACUCACACCCCCGUAGAGCUCGUUGAAUUUUCCGAAUGCCUAGAGAAGGAAGACGAGCGCAUCGUGGACAUCGCCACCGGUUUUUGUCACUUUGUAGUCCGAACCAGUGCUGGCAAUUGUUUCGGUUGGGGUCACAACAGCCACCAGCAGUUGGGUGGAGUCGAUUCGUUGAAAAUUCUAACCAAACCGGAUCGCAUAGGCGUUGAAGAACGGAUCGAGCUGGUCGAAUGUGGCAACUAUUGUACUCUGAUGGUUUCCGAAUCAAACAAGCUUUAUUUGGCUGGAAAGUUUCAGAAGAUUACGAUCCCUGUCGUUAAGGAGCUGGUCAUCAUCGUCCUACCGGCUAAGGUCAUGUCCGUCCAAAUUACGAGAAACGAUCUGAUCUAUCUUCUACUGGAAGAUAAUCAAGUGUAUCGUUGCAAUCGUGUUCAGAAACUCGAAGACCUCAAGUUCCAACGAUUGGAGCAGUUUGACCAGCUCCUGCGCCAAGAUGAAUACAUUACUCAAAUUGCCCCGGCAGACAACUUUACAUCUUUUGCUACGAGCAAAGGUCGGCUUCUGACCACCUACGAUGACGACAGUCCCUUCACACCCUCGAAUCACUUUCGAGAGUUGAUCAAAUUCAGAGAUUUUCGUGUGGCCAACGUAUCCAGUGGGCUGGAGCACUCGUUGGUUCAAGCUUUCCCGAAGGAACAUCAAACUCCAGCGAUUGAGAUCGAUUUUUGCGAGGCAGUGGAAAGCAUCGAAGCGGCUAUCUGUAACGAGGAACAGAAAAUUCGCAAUGGAACACCGAUGCCACUGCCGCGGGUCGAACUAAGUGAUGAGUUUAUUCGGCAGGAAAAGAGACGACUUCGACACGAGAGAAUUGCAAAGGAACUUUCCAAGGAUGAGUGCAUUCAGAUUGAGACCGACGAAACAGAGGUACGAUUCAUUGACAAUGGUAUAGACAUGACAUCGAUGGUGACUACAGCCGAGGACAACACAGCGCUAGGGGAACAAAUGAUGAACGAGAAAAACCGCCUCGAUCCGAAGUAUGCAUCACACAGUGAGAUCAUGAGGGACAAUGUGCUGCAUGCAAAAACUCCAACCCCGAACAUAAGCCAGCUAAUCGACUACAGUGACGACGAGAAUGGAAGCAUCUCGUCACAAUCGACCUUCAACGAUGAAGAUGACAUAACUGAACCGUACGCUCUGGCCAAAAACGGGAAGAAUAAGCCGCCCAACGAUUCCAACAAUAACCAGGAUGAAGAUCGCAAACUCAGCGUGGAGAGCAAAAGCAGUCAGGGAAGUACCACUUCGCGCGGUAAGAUGAAACAGUUCCUGCGAGGCCUAAAGGCAAAAAGCAUGGAUGUUAGCUGCCGGAAUGCCGGAACGGUCCUGAAUGAUGACAAAAAGUACUCUAAAGAUGACCAGGAAAUUCGUCCGGAGGACCGUGCUUCAAAAGUGUGCAACUUAAUGUAACGAAUCUAUACCUUCAUCGACCACAAGAACCAAACUUUUAUAAUAAACGCACUUGU